AUGAGUACUUCAGAAAGCAACAAACAUGAUACUGCUACCAACCAAAACAGCGAGAGUACUUUCACAAAUCCCUCUACCCCACAAGAUGACAAAAUAACAGUCUCAACCAGCACUCUUUCCAGACGUAUAAGUGACCCGCUAACCACAAAAAGAGACGCUGAAUCCUCUUUCAUUACUACUCCUACCACCACAUCUCCCACACGUCCCGCAGCCAACGUAAUUUCCACAGUUCUUUCGCAAAGUCCCACCACUGCUCUUACUGCUGCGUCUAUGCGGGCUACUUCUGCCGGCUCUCGCCGUGUGAGACGAAACUGGUGGGGAUACAUUACGUCAAGUUUCAGAUCCAUUUCGAGAAGUUCAAAGUUAUUGUUGAUUCUGGGUCUAAUUAUGACAAUAAUACAGAUUGUUGUGACAACCGUUGUCCUUAUUAUCUCGCGUAGUCAAGAUUGCGACAAACCACUGAAAGAAUUUCUUAUACUAUACGUAAUCCGUGUUAUAAUAGCAUGCCCUGUAAAUUUAUAUUUGACAUUGAAUCCGAGAGAUAAUAAUACACGUUCUGACCAAAGCAAUGCUGCUAGACGAGAGCGGUGGGUUGAUAAGCUGAAGUCUUUUCUAGAUCUUUUUGCAACUCUUUGGUUUAUAAUCGGCAACUACUUCCUAUUUACUACAGACCUAUGUCGAAGAACUGCUCCCGCAGUAUUUUGGCUAUCUCUUGCAUGGGUUAUACUCGGUUACAUUAUAAUUACAAUUCCAAUACUUCUUUGUCUAGCAGUAAUUUUCUGUCUGCCAUGCGUACUAGUUGCAAUGAGAAUUCUUCAUGUAAGCGAUGCAGUUGGAAUGGGUGGGGCUAGCGAAGAUGCAAUCUCAAAAAUUCCCACAGUCAAGUAUAAAGCCCCAGCAGGCGGUGGCGGUGAAGGAGAAAAUGACGCUCAAAGACUGCAGAUAACUAGUGCCGAUGAAACAACAGUUUCUAUAGUAGAUAAUAUUGUGCCUGCUGACGAGUCUGCUACAGGACCUAGACCCUCUACACCAAAGAAAAAGAAAAAAUUCAUAUUCUUUAAGAAAAACAAAACGUCGUCUAUUCCAUUAUCUUCGUCCACUCCGACAUAUCUUACUAUCAGUAAUCCCGAUGACGCAGUGUGUUCUAUUUGUUUAUCAUCAUAUGAAGAAGAUGAAGAAUUACGGCACUUGUGGUGUGGACAUCAUUUUCAUAAAGAUUGUGUUGAUGAGUGGCUAAGGUUGAACAGGCGAUGUCCAAUGUGCCGAUUAGAUAUUGUUGAGACAUUACAGGAACGCAGUGGGAAAAAGAAUAGAAAUGACAGGGAUAGACAUAGUUCUGAAGAUACGGCAGAAGGAAGUGGGACUAACGGUAGUAGUAAUAAUGUAGCAGACAUGAAUGGAGCAGGUGUUGGGACGGGAGAAAAUGGCGAAACUUCGGUAUAG